AUGAAUCGACCACGCAUCGUUGGCCAUGGCCUGAGAAGGCUCGUACAGACCCCUCCGCGGGGAGCCAGGGGCAUCAUCACCGACGCAGACGUCGUCAAGGCAAGGAAGUAUUGCCAGUCGCAGCUUCAGGCCCAGGAUGCAUACCUCGCCCUACGCGCCCUCAACCUCGAGCUCGUCCGCCUCCCCGAAGUCGUCUCGAACCCGGUUAUAGGCCAGCUGCGCAUGCAGUUCUGGCGCGAGUCGAUCGACAAGACCUUCGCCGGCACGCCGCCCGCCGAGCCGAUCUGUGUCCUCCUCCACCAAGCCCUCCAGGACCUGCGCGCACGCUCCCGCAGCAGCACCGCGAGCUCGAUCCGCUUCUGGGCGCAGAGAGUCAUCAAGACGAGGGAGAAGCACAUGAACAACCGCCCUUUCGCUUCGUUGGCCGCGCUCGAGGAGUACGCCGAGAACACGUACUCAACGCUCAUGUACGCCGUCCUCGCCGCGAUGCCGCUGCGCUCGAUGCAGGUCGACCACCUCGCGAGCCACAUCGGCAAGGCGUGCGGCAUCGUCGCGACGCUGAGGGGUAUCCCCGUGCUCGCGGCGCCGCAGCAGACGCAGGUGCACACGCCAUCCGGAGCGGAGCCUCCGCGGCCGCGGGACCCGGUCCUGUUGCUGCCGCUGGAUGUCAUGUCAGAGGUGAACCUGCGCGAGGAGGACGUGUUCAGGUACGGACCCGAGGCGGAGGGGUUCCAGGACGCGGUGUUCAAGGUCGCGACCAGGGCGAACGACCACCUCAUCACGGCGCGCGAGAUGCUGAAGAAUCUGCGGGCGGGCCAGGAUGCGGGGCACAACUUUGAGCACCAGGGUGAGGAGGAGCACGUGUACGAGGAAGACCAGGAGGACGACGUGCAGCGAGAUAUUCGCCGCGGCUUUGGCGUGUUGCUGGAGGCUAUUCCUGCGCAAGAGUAUCUCACGAACCUGGAGGCGAGCAAUUUCGACCCGUUCGCAGUCAAGGCGAGCUGGAAACUGGCAUGGCGCCUGUGGCGCGCCACGAGCAAGCAACAAAUUUAA